UAGUAAGUCAUGCCAGGGAAACACUGCUAAGGAGUCACAGAAAUGGAGACUGUGCUGAACGAAGUCAACUCAAACUCCAAGUGCCUGCUUGAAUAUAGAAGCAUGCAUUAUUAUGAGAAUCGCUUGAGAAGCUUUGCAUGCUGGCCUUUUAAAGAGAACUGCAAGUGUACUCCUGAAAGUAUGGCCAGGGCUGGCUUGAUCCACUGUCCAGGAGCAAAUGAACCUGACCUGGCAAAGUGUUUCUUCUGCUUAAUAGAGUUGGAGGGCUGGGAGCCAGAUCACGAUCCCUGGCUGGAGCACUCCAAGCGUGCCGGAGACUCUUGUGGGUUUUUGUCCCUUUCUAAGAGUUUUGACGACUUGACAGUUGAAGAAUACUAUGAGCUAGAGAUGGAGCGGGUCAGAAUUUUUCUUAGCAAAACUGGGCAAAGUGUAAUCAAUGCCUAUGAGAAAGAAGUAGCAGCAACCAGGCAGCGUCUCGUGGACCAUUUUGUGAACAAAUACCAGUAUACGCCAGAACCUGACCCAGCCACUUCUGCUGCAACAGAGAACGACAUGCCCACCGCCACGUAGAAAGACAAUGGGCCACCACGAAGACAAGGGGAGGCUGUUGUAUUGACAGUGGUGCAAGUACUGUAGUACAGGCAUCCCCUAACUUAGCCCUCCAGAAGUUU